AUGUCAAAAAAGGGUAGCAGAAUAAGUUACGGUGCCUUCAGAGAUGUUGAGUUCCAGUCUUAUUUACGACAAGUCCAGCCGGAGUACGCGUUCUGGUGGUCUCGCGAGCGCGUGUUCAGCUGGCUGCGGUCUCUGCCCGAGGACACCCUGUGGAACUGCCUCAUCUGCGUGGUGGCGCUGUUGGCCAUCAUCUGGGUCAUCGUGGGCGACGUCAAGACCGCCGCCCCCAGGGAUGAAGUCGACGUCUUCAUCAGAAAUUUGUACGAACGUCAGUACACUGAAGUGGCUCGCCGCAGAACUCUCUUCGAAGUGCAACUGGAGCAAGCGCAGGGGAAUCUCACUGACGACUCCACGUACACCGCCGGACAGUUCCUGGUGGCCAUCUACAUGGUCAACAAGAUGUUCAUACCGAUCGGACCGUCAGUGGCACCAAGUAACGAUAUCGAGCGAAUAGCUUGCCUUUUGGUGAUGAUCACGGGCUGCCUUGUGGUGACUGGCGCUGCCGUGGCUUCGUUGUCUCUGGUCAUCAGCAUCUACAUGAGGCCAGAAGAAGCCUUCCGCGCACGCUACCGCCUGAUUAUGAAAGAAAUGAAAGAGUCGCACGUGCUUCCUAGUCUACGGGAAAAGGUGGAAACCUUCUACAAGAUGUACUGGCACAAACAAAAGGCUGUAUCAGCCACACAACUCCUGCCCACAUAUCCUCCCACUUUACCAGCUACUGUUAACACCGAAAUCUACUUUGAGGCCACGCAAAAGAGUCGUAUCCUUUGCGAUUUGUCCUAUCAGUUUCUGUCUGAAGUGGCGAAGACCAUGAAUACCAUCCAUUACAUUCCUGGCGAUACCAUCAUCAAGAGGACCACUAGAAAGUCUUCCAUCAUUUACAUCACCUAUGGAGAUAUCGAGAUGCUGUCUGCCGAAGACGACAGCACAGCAGUGGUGCGCAUGACGCGCGGCACGGCGGUCGCGGGGUGCGGUGGAAGCGCGGCCGCGGCGUGCGCGCGCGCGCACGUGGAGAUCCGCGCCGCAACCUUCUGCACGGCGCACGCGCUGCACGCGCCCGACCUGUGGCGCGUCGCCAACAAUUACGGCCACGACACCCACCAGACGCAGAUCAUACUGGCUUCUUUUAAUGAACACUUGGAGAGAGUGAAGAAGCACUAUAGCCUGAAAAUUCCUGAAGAUGUCAAGUACAAGAGCAGUAUCUUACACUUCAAAAAGAAUUUGAUGGCUCUGAAGGAAGCCACCGACUCGGAUGGCAAGCUGUUAUUGGACAGAAGGGACAUAUUUCUGGAGAUUGCCGGCUGCUACAUUAUGAGAAAUCGCGCAGAUGGAAGACAGACUGACGAGGCCGAUGCCAUCUGCCUCCGUUCUACGUUCCCCUGCAUCCUGCAGCCGUGGUCUUCCCUGCAGAUCGCCUGGCACUCCUUCAUGUGCUGUGUCAUCCUCACCGUUUGUUUUACGCAUCCCUAUUUCCUGAUUUUCAAAAAAACGGUGCCUUUGGAAUUUAGAUUCUUUGACUACGUGGUGACGGCGCUCUAUCUGGUUGAUUUGAUUGUUCAUCUUUCGACUGGUGCUAACGUUGAAGAAGGAGUUCCAAUAACCUUCGCCCAGACGUCGUCCCAGCAGAUGCGCAGCCACUGGUUUGUAAUAGACGUGGUCGGCACCCUGCCCAUCUUCGAGUGCAUACAGUCUGCUGACCACUUUGCUGGGAUCAACAAAUUGCUUCGGCUGCCGAAGGUGUUCCGAGUGCUCAAAUCCAUGGAGGAGAUGUGCGUGUACAACAGUAACGUAUUACGGUUCAUGUCUUACACCCUGCUGCUGGUCAUCGCGUGCUACCUCAUCGCCUCGAUACAGCAGGGCUUUAUGUGCUUCAGGUUCAACUAUUGUCUAGUCGGCAACUUCACCCACCCUCCGUAUUGGAAGAACAGCACCCUGGACGAGGAAACUGUGGUGCACCGGCUCAUCUUCGGCCUCUACUGGGCUAUAUCCAUGAUCACCUUUACGACUCAUAUGGAGCCUUUUGGAGUGGAGAACUGGCACAGCGUUUUGUACACUAUGGUGGUGUUGGAGAUUUGUAUCGUGCUGCACAUAUUCAUCGAGGCGGUGUAUUCGGCCACCAUCAUGGUUACUACGGCUCUGAGAGAAGACUACGACUCUUGUAUUGCAAAUGUCAAAGACUUUCUUAUUAGAAAUGAAGUGGAUGAGCAGCUCCGGCAAAGGUUUAUCACGUAUCUGCAGCUAUGCUGGUAUACGGAUAAGGCGUACUCAAUGACGAAUAGAAAGACCUCGAUCUUCUACGACCUGCCUCCUCACGUGUACCAGAACAUCGUGACUAGACAGAGAAGCAAGUACUUGCUCAGUAUACCAUUUAUGAAGUUACUCAACAAAGAGGAGCUGAAGAAUGUGUCCUCUAAAGCAAAGUUGUUCUACACGACUCCAAACGAGAUCCUCUUAAACACUGGAGACAUCAGCAACGAGAUCUACCUCAUCAAACAGGGCAUUUGUGAGAUUGUUGACCCCGACACAAAAGAAGUGGUAGGAUCUCUUGGCGUGAAAAGCCACUUUGGUGUUCUCGAGUGCUUACUACGUGUACCAGCUUACUACACCGUGAGAGCGGUGACCCACGUGCAGGUGUUCACGAUCUCGACGAAAGUGCUGUCCAAGGCCAUGAGUCUGCCCAAGAUCAAGGAUGCGGUGGAAUUCGCUAAGGAGCAACCCGAGUUCGGUCGGCUGGCAGUGAGACGCGAGUCGUUCCUUCGCUACGAGGCGCCGGAGAAGGCGCCCAACAUGAUGCGGUUCCGACUCCCGCGCAAGUAUGAGGAGGACUUCGCGUUCCUGCACCCCUUCAACAGGCUCGGAUACUUUUCUAUACUCAGAUACAUAUUCCCGCGCUUCACCAUCCGUCCCGACGGCGACUACUUAUUGCGCUACGAGUGGUGCCGCGCCUUCUGCGCGCUGCUGUCCGCCAUCGUGUUCCCGUCCUACUCCUACCUGGUGCUGCAGUGGCCCGGCCUCUACUACUUCUCCUGGCUUCUGGACUUAUCUGCUUACUUCGACAUAUUACAGCGCAUGCUGGUAGGCUACUUCAACGAGCAAGGCGUAUUAGUAUACCAUCCCACCAGUACCGCGGCACACUACGUGAAAGGUGCUUUCUUCGCCGAUAUGAUGGCCUGCAUGCCUCUGGAAUUCCUCGAGUCUCCUCAUAGGGAGUCAUUUGAGAAUAACUACAGACUGACGCAGUCCCGGCAGCUGCUGAUGCUGAACCGGCUGCUGCAGCUGUACCGGCUGCCCAGCGCCAUGAUCGCGCUCGAGAACAAGAUCGGGAGGAGGGACUUGCUGCUUGUGCUCAAAGCAAUACCUCUGUUCCUGGCGCUGCUGAACGCCCUGACCUGCUUCAUGGUGUUCAACUCGGUGAACAUCUUCCACUCCGAGAACAGCGACAGCUGGCUCAUAGUACCGCUAGCGGACCAAGGCGGUCGCUUCAACAUGACGGAGACGCCGUUCAACCUGCACCUGGCGACGCACUUCUGGGUGGUGUACGAGACCACCACCACCGGCUACAACAGCUUCAACCCCAGCAACUUCCAGCUCAUGGAGAUACUUUUCGUGGGGAUGGUCAUUGGCGCGAUGAUCACGACGUACUUCUCGGUGCGCAUCAUCAGCAUCCGCGCCAACGUGAACAAGGAGCUGGCCGCCUACCAGGAGCACAUCAAGGACAUCCUCGUCUUCAUGCGCCGGGAGAAACUUAACAAGAAGCUGCAGAAGGAGGUUAUCAGUUAUUACGAGUACAACUGGGACAAGAUGGGCGGAGUGGACUACACCAACGUUCUGAAGCUAUGCGACCAGAUCACACUGCGCACCGAUGCCAUACUGCACAUCUACGGACCUGUUUUCGCUAGGUGCCCCCUUCUCUCUGACUGUGACGUGUCACUCUUGCGCAUGGUGGGGCGAGCUGUGCGCAGCCUGUAUUUCCUGCGGGACAUGCGGCUGGUGGAGGAAAAUGACGUCAUCGGCUGCAUCUACUUCGUCGACUACGGCUCCGUCGACGUGCGCAUGUCCUCCGAAACCGAUCCCAGUGCUGACUCCACUGUUAUAGCCAAGCUUACACGCGGCAGUGUGUUCGGCAACCUGGAGAACGCCACGACAGUGCGCUGCCCGGUGUCCAUCGUGGCGUCGUCGCGCACGCACGUGCUGCAGAUCAACGCGGCCGCCUUCCACCGCAUCAUCGCCGACUUCCCUCAAGUCGCUGACACUAUGCAGCAGUACCGCCAGCAAAACGAGAACUACAUUAUAGCCGCUGAAGAGUCACAGAAACGUAAGCCCAGCCUUGCCGCGAUCCUGUUCACAUCGCGCGAGGGCAUCAGCCAAGUCUACUUCGAUGACGAAUACGUUCAGCUCUACCUCAUCAUCGUGUCCUUGUCCUGCAUCUAUGCGGACCUUUACAAUGCCGGCUUCCAGAACAAUAGCAUGCCGCUAAUCAUAGUGCUGUAUGCUCUCGACGUUGGGUUUUACCUGAAGAUUCUGAUGCAAUACUCGCUGCCACAUAUUAUGCCGGAGCGCAUGAAAUCGACGUUUCUGCCUUUAAGACGUGUGACGGUGUACAACUGCCUGAAGAAGCACCAUUCGCACAUCACGGUGAACCUGACCCUCAGCACGGUUUUCUCGGUGCUGGUGUGGUUUACUCUGUUCGUGCACACCGCCGCGUGCCUCUGGCACUUCAUCAGCUUGAUCGAGGAUAAUGCCAAGGCUAACUCGUCCUGGAUAUACAAUGAUUCUGGUGGCAGCCUGUGCCAUAACCUCUACGUUUGCUCCGUGUAUUUCGUUCUAACUACCUUCACGCAGAACGGUGUUGGAGAUAUCAUGCCAAAGAACCAUGCUGAGACUGAGUUCAAGUACGACCUGACAUCGUGCCUGCCGUUCGAGUUGAUAUCCUUCGGUUGUGGGCGGUACCAGUGGAUGGUGUUCUCCUACUUACGGCUGAACCGGCUCUUCAGGAUCGUGACGGUGUACAACUGCCUGAAGAAGCACCACUCGCACAUCACGGUGAACCUGACCCUCAGCACGGUUUUCUCGGUGCUAGUGUGGUUCACUCUGUUCGUGCACACCGCCGCGUGCCUCUGGCACUUCAUCAGCUUGAUCGAAGAUAAUGCCAAGGCUAACUCGUCCUGGAUAUACAAUGAUUCUGGUGGCAGCCUGUGCCAUAACCUCUACGUUUGCUCCGUGUAUUUCGUUCUAACUACCUUCACGCAGAACGGUGUUGGAGAUAUCAUGCCAAAGAACCAUGCUGAGAUAACCUGA